UCUGCCUCCAUGCAACAUGUGUUUUUGUGACAACUGUUGACAGGAUUCUAUCUCGUUGGUGUAUUAGGAACCAUGUUCACGAAAAAUAUAUGCACGUCAUGCUUGAAGAGACUGGUUACUUGGUCUAUUUACGAUGCAUCCAAGACGUUUGCAUCGGCGCCAGCGAACCUUUCGACAAGGUUACAGUUUAGACGCUUCGUACGAACUUCACAUUCAAGAUUCAGUGGACAUUCUAACACACCCGACUUACAGUUACCGGUCAGGUAUUUGUACAUACAUACGUCGAUAGGCCGCUGGGCUGAUAUUCCAGAUGGACUGGUGUUUGAUGUCGGGUACGGUGACUCUAUGCCGGACAAGCAGUGGACCCGUGCCACGCCCACUGUUCUGGGGCUGCACUCGUCGCCGGGUUCACAUAAAGAUCUGGCCCCAUUACUGGAACCGUUCGUCAAACUCGGAUGUAGAGUCAUAGCCCCAAACUUUCCAGGUUUUGAUUACACAGAAGGUAUAAUUGCUCCUUACAAUGAUGUCUUCACUCACUCCACUGAUGAAAAGGCUGAAUUCAUCAGAGACUUUCUUAACAACCUGGGUGUUGAAAGUGUGGACCUGGUGAUUGGUCAUGGUUCAGCAUGCAACCCACUCUUACGACUUGCUACCACAAAGGAGACAGCCCACUUGUUUAAGGCAGCGGUGCUUAUCUCCCCCUGGCCUCAUCGACAAUUUCAGGGAAUAAAUCCAUACAGCUUACACCAACGAAUAUCAUCACUUUGGGAUAGGCCAGCUCUACGCUUCAUGUGUCGACUACUGGCCAGACGAGCUGCCAAGUCACUAGGUCUGCAGGGACACAGCAUAAAUGAUGUUAUAAGAACAUCACAAACUGUCGCAAACAUUGGCUUCGAUGAGAUUGCUGGACUGCUGAUUGCUGCGGACAUGUUGAUGCUUCCAUGUGCUGUGUUCUACUCUGCUGGUGACAAGUUUAUAGAAGAACACAUUUACCGAGAAUUCAUCCAACUGAUGGGAAUCGGUGAUGAUCGAGAGAUGUUGGUUGGGGAGGAUGGCAAGAUCUGUGCUGGAGCUACUGUGGAGGGCUUCCCUAAGACUCUGAGAUUUGAGAGUGGAGGUCAGGACCUCCAUACGAGGUACCCUGGACUCAUCAACGCCAUGUCCUGGAGCCUGCUGCAACAUGUACGUCCUGAGGCAAGAUGAUACCAUGUGUUCACAGCAAACAGUGACUUGAUUUUGGGAGAAUAUGUGAGGUGGUAUAGAGUCCAACUGUUAGUUCAAUAUUCUUGCUUUUGUCAGUUUGUGGUUAAAUUCCAGUAAUUGAGUGUGGACAAGACAAUCCAGUGAUCAACAUCAUGAGCAUGAAUCUACGAAGGAGGGACAUGAUGAAGUGUCAACCAAGUCAGCGAGCCUGACCACCUGUCACCUCUAGCAACGAUAAGUAUUUUUGCAGUGAGGGACCGUUCAUAAUUUAUGUCUGGCGGGGUGGUGAUGAUUUUAAGGUGGGUGUGUGUGUGUGUGUGGGGGGGGGGAGGGGGGAGAAACAUGCUUCUCAAUAAAAAUUAUCAUCACCCCUAGUAGCCAUAAAUGUGGUCCCUUAGCAAACUGUAUUGUCAUGGCAGCCUGUAAAUAUUCAAGUUUGGACCAGACAGUGCAUUGCCAGACACAUUAUCAAUGUCCUUUGCCGCUAGUUUAUAAUGGCAUAAUAAGAAGCUUGCAGUGACUUCUGUUGUACUCACCAUGCUUGUAGAAAUGUAAAGAUACAUAACUUGUAUUGCAUGGAUAAUUACAAUACUCAAGUUACAGAGUCUGACCAUUCUGUCACUCCAAGGCUUGGGAGUGAGUGAGUUUAGUUUUACGCCACACUCAGCAAUAUUCCAGCUAUAUGAAGGCGGUCUGUAAAUAAUUGAGUCUGAACCAGACAAUCCAGUGAUCAACAGCACGAGCAUCGA